AUGGAGUUCCUCUCUCAGACAUACAUCGCCCUUCGCGGGCCCACAGGUGCCAUCCAAUCCCCUGCGGAGACAAUCACGCGUCUUGCAGACCGUCUUUCCCCCUCUACUCUCCUGGCGGACCGCCGCGCAGCUGUACUCUCGCUGAAGGGACUCUCGCGCGAUCACAGGACAGACGUUGGCGAGCGAGCUCUUCCUGGCUUGAUCGACGUGCUCCAGAACGAUGCUGAAAUCGACGCGGACAUCGGAAAGGCCGUCCUUGAGACCCUCAAUCUGCUCUGCGAGGCGGACGAUGGUGCCAGCACACAUGCGCGCGACGUCGGCUUCAAGCAUACGGACCAAGUACUAAAGAAUGAAAAGGUUGCACACAAGUUGUUCGCCCUGCUCGCCGACACCUCGUUUUAUCUUCGCCUAUCUGUCCUCCAGUUCUUAGCUACCCUUCUACAGAAUCGGCGCCAGGUCGUGCAGGGAUAUUUCUUGAAGGCGCCUGUUGGGCCUACGAGCUUCGUUUCCAUUCUGGAGGAGAAGAGAGAGAUUAUUCGACACGAAGCUAUUUUUGUUGUGCAGUCGCUCAUUUUGCAAAGUCCCGAAAUCCAGAAGAUACUAGCUUUUGAGGGCGCAUUCGAGCGGCUUUUCAAUAUUAUGGCCACCGAGAAUGGCGUCGACGGAGGUGUCGUGGUCCAGGACGCGUUGAAAUGUAUCGACGGGCUGCUAAGAUUUAAUCAAUCCAACCAGAGCUACCUCCGCGGUACUCCUCUUCCGCAGCUGCUACUGUCUGUUCUGGGCUAUCCGCCGGCACUCCCACUAGAUGCGUCCCCACCGCAAAACUUUGCCCUUCAACUCUGGGAUGAUGUACAGAAACGCACAAACACAGCACUCGUUGUCGGUGUCAUCGGGCUGCUCGCUAAGAGCAGUGGGGGAAAUCUUCAAGAUCCACUAGCGUUCGCAUUUAAUCGAUGUCUGAUUGAACUUGGGUUGGCCUCCAACGUGCCCACUGUGGUGAAAACGCAGGCAUUGCGACUUCUGCCCGACAAUCUCUCCGGUUUCCCUUUGGCGCAGCUGUCAGUUACUCCAUAUGUACCCGUGCCCGACACGAAUGGAGAGGAGUGGGACCGUUUAGAACCCUCCUCCGCACUUGAUGCGCUUGUUGAGUUAAUUUUACAUGGCGAGUACAAUGGCGCGCUGGGCGGGGAACGUCGUACAAAGGAUGGUAUGGAGCUUAGAGCGGCUGCCCUCGCAGUGUUCCAAAACUUCGUACAAAAGGAAGAGAUCGCAGAAGCCAUCGUUCAGGCGAUGGUAGCUCCUGCGGACUCCGCUACACCUGUGACACCUCUCCUAGAUGCUCUCAUUGCUCCCCACAUAACGCCUUUGAGUGUCAGUUCUGUCACAUCCACACACUUCGCCUCACUCUUGUUUGCACACCUCCUUCGAGCAUCUCCACAUGCGAAGAAGCUUGCACGAUCAAUCAUUCCUCUCUCUAUUUCGUCGUCUGCUGCGCAAAAUCGUUUCUUCGUGCCUGCGGAUGGUGGGUCUGCCCCUACACCACCAGAAGAGGACGCGGAAGCGGAAGAGCCGCAGAGUGUGCUUCAGACACUGAGCGAACACCUCUCGUUAGCGUUCCUCGCGCGCGGCCGCGCAGACACAUCCGACCGCGAAGCGCGAGAAUGGGAUCGCCUCUUAGUUGGCUAUCUUACAUUGCUUGUGCAGUGGUUAUGGGAAGAUCCAGCCGCCGUGCGCGAGUUUUUGGAGGCCGGAGCACUAGGAGUGCUAGUUGAACCGAUUAAUCAAAUGGCGGAGAACGAUGUGGUGAUACCUGGAUUGUGUGUGUUCCUACUGGGUGUGUGCUACGAAUUCAACAGGGAACCCGGAGAGAUCACAAGGUCAACCAUAUACCCCAUCUUGACUCGGCUUGGUAUAGAUAUGCUCGUGGGUCGUAUCAUGCACCUCCGAGACGAUGAUCGGUUCAAAGCCAUCGGUCCGGAUACACUUGUACUGGCAGUGCCAAGUGCACCAACACAUCUUCAAGCUGCACCGGGGGCAAAGCCCGAUGUCGAAGAGGGCGAAAUCUGGUUUGACUGGGCGUUCGUCGACUUCUGGAAACUCAACUAUUACACAGUCCAGAAGGGAAUUGCGGCCGAUCCAAAUACGAUGUCGUCAUCGCCAGGACAAGGCGAAAUGGCUAUGCUUGUCUCAUCGCUAAAGGAUGUGAUACGGAAACAGGCAGCUGAAAUUGACUCGUUGCGUAGCCAGCUAGAGUCACUCAAAGCUUCACAGGUUCCCGACGAGCGAGAUGCAUUGCAAGCGGAGAUUUCAUCACUUUCUGCAGAGUUACAGAACUCAGAAGAGAGGCGGAAAGAAGUACAACAGGAACAAGAGGAUCUACUUGUGUUACUGGACGAACUUAAUAGUAAACGGCGGAAAGACAAGGAGCGAAUGCGAGAGGCAGGUCUGGAAGUCUCAGAGGACGAGGGCGACGAGGAGGAUGAGGAUGAAGGAGAGGCUGACUGA